AUGACAUCCUCAACCAAGGCGACCGAGCGUCUCGCCGAAAUCCAGAACCAUCUCAAUCCGCCUCCAAACAAGCAACCGGCGAGCGCAAUCGAGCCCGUGUACAUCAUCAGUGCUGCACGGACUCCAACUGCGCGAUUCGGCAGCUCCUUCGCCAAUAUCCCUGCCCCGCAGCUUGGAGCAUACGCCAUCAAAGAAGCGCUCCGGAAAUCAAACGUCCCCCCGAGCAGAAUCACAAAUGUCUACAUGGGGAAUGUCCUGCAGGCCGGCGUGGGCCAGUCACCUGCCCGCCAGGCUGCAAUUGCCGCUGGUCUCCCUGUGGUGGUCGACGCUGUCACAGUGAAUAAGGUCUGCGCAUCGGGGCUGAAAGCAGUCGCGCUUGCUGCUCAUGAUAUCCAGCUGGGCCUGGCAGAUGCUCAGAUAGCGGGGGGCAUGGAGAAUAUGUCGCGUGCUCCGUACUAUCUGCCGAGGGAUUCGGGCGGGCGUCGAGGCACUGGGACUGGGGAUCUCAAAUUACAGGAUGGCCUGGUAACGGAUGGGCUGUGGGACGUGUAUAACCAGAUCCACAUGGGAGCGUGCGCAGAACUUACAGCGGCGAAACUCGGUAUCUCGCGAGCAACGCAGGAUGAGUAUGCCGUUCAGAGCUUUCUGCGCGCACAGCAGGCGUGGGCCGAGGGGAAGUUCAAGGACGAAGUGGUUCCGGUUGUCGUGACGGACAAGACCAGUAGUCGCACGAUUGAUCGCGAUGAGGGAUAUGACAGGCUUCGGAGAGACAAAGUCGCAGGACUAAAGCCUGCGUUUACCAAGGCUGCUGAUGGGACUGUUACGGCCGCCAACUCGUCGUCUCUUAAUGAUGGUGCGAGCGCGCUGGUUCUGGGGAACCGGGCCAUCGCCCAGCAGUAUGGGAAGGGGAGCCGAGUUCUCUCCAGAUUUGUUGCUUCAGCAGAUGCCGCGCUGGAUCCUGUUGAUUUCCCCAUUGCUCCGGCAAAGGCUAUAGAGCUUGCUUUGGCCCGGGCAGGAAUCCAAAAGGAAGAUGUGGCAGUAUGGGAACUGAAUGAAGCCUUCGCAGCAGUUAUCAAAGCAAACGCACAGAUACUCGGUCUUGAGGGUGCAAAUAUAAAUCCCCUUGGGGGCGCGAUAUCUCUGGGCCAUGCACUCGGCAGUUCUGGGUCGAGGAUUCUCACCACCUUGGCUCAUCAGCUACAACCGGGCGAAUAUGGAGUUGCAGCCGUCUGCAACGGCGGUGGUGCGGCAACUGCAGUUGUUAUACAGAGGGUAGAGCAUGUCUAG